AAAAGUCCUAAAGAAGAAUGUUAGCAAGCAUCAACGAUGGAUCGAAAACGCUGUAGUCACACUCAUGUGGCUGUUAUAAAGGAAUGAGCUGAUCUCCACCUGCAGUCAAAAUGUUGAGAGACAGAAAGUGCAUUCUUUGUGAUACCAUCCAUGCCUCUAAGCAGGAGAUGGAUGAGCACAUGAGAAGUAUGCUGCACCACCGCGAGCUGGAGAAGCUGCAAGGCCGGGACUGUGGACAUGAGUGCAGAGUGUGCAAGGUAACGGUGGUGAGCCUGACGGAUUAUGCCAGCCACAUUUCCAGCCCCUUGCACAAGCAGAAUGUGGAGGCUGCAGAACGAAAUCAUGCCGUCAGUGACCACAGCAAGGAAUACUUCGACAAGUCGUGUGGACUUAUUGAGAAAAGAAAAGAGUCAAUCCGGAAAGAUAACGAGGCUGCUGCCGCUGCUGCAAAACAAGCAAUAGAAGCAGAAAGAAAACUGCAGGAGUUGCACCAGCAGAUACAGGAAGCAAAGGACCGUUUCCAUCUGAAAAGUGUUGGGCAUCAGCCACCAAGGAGUCUUAUUAGAUCCAACCAGCAGGGAGCUUUCUAUGAAAGUGGCCAAUAUAGCACUACAGGACGGGGUGCAAAAUCAGUUAGAAGACCCUGGGACCAUGGGAAACAAGGAAAGAGCGCCACAUGGCAUGCCCAGGAGCCUCCCAACUUCCAGAAAUGGGCAUCUGGCAAGCUGGAUGGUGCAAGCUUCUGUCGCCAGGGAGAUUUUGACAACAUGCGGAUGGAUCAGGAAGCAUUUUCUUACAAUCAACAAGGCCACCUGCCAUGGCUUAGCAACAGAGACAGAAGUAAUGGCCCCUACUGUCCAACAAACAUUUCCCAGGACUUGAAAAGAAACAGGUCUGCAAGCCUUAUGGAAAUAUCUCCAAGGAGACCACCACUACCAACAACAACUUUUUACACGGGCAACUUCAGUAAUCUUCAUAAUAAUUUUCAUAAUCAGGGUGGUCAGCAGGGUGAUAAAAAUUGGGAUGGAGAAAAUACACAAGCUAACCAAAACAACAUGAAGACCUUUGGCAGUAAUCCAAAGUUGGACAGAGUGCAUCGCUGGUCCCCCUAUCCAGUCAAAAAGGGCUUUGAUUGUACACACAAGGAACUCAUCCCACCACCGUCAGAGAAGUCUAGAGUAGCCGACAAAUCUCAGAUACAAGAAAAGACAUCAGGCACUGUUUCAUUUAACAGGCCAUCUGUAUCUGAACAGAAAUCAAGAAACUUAACCCAUAGUAAACCAUGUGGGGAAGAGUUAAAUAAGCACAGAACCAAACAAAUAGUUAAACCUCGAGAUAGCAGUGGCAGUAGGAGUAGUAGUGUUCACAGAGAUGAUUGCCAUGACUCUUCACCUGGUCCUUCCAAUCAGAAGACAAAAAAACCAUUAUUGGCCACUGACUGGAGGGUGUCAUCAGUUGUUCGGGUCAAUGCUGGGCCGCGAGUCAACACGACCCUCUGUCAAGAGCGCAAACAGUCAAAGCCAAAUUUGAAAAAUGGUAGGAAUAGUUUUAAUUCUUUACUCGCUGUGCCACUAAUCUGUACCCAGGAUAAGCAGUUUCCAACGUUGAAGAAGGCCAAACCAACUGGGUUAAUAAUGGAGGAAUCUGUGAAAACCUCAAGUCACAGCAAGGACGAGAGCCAAAAGGAUCAAACGGGGAGUCAAAUUGGAGUUAAUAAAGAAAAUAGUCGCCAGCAGGAUGGAGGUAAAACAACAUUACCUGACUCUGCCCUCUGUUCGCCGUGUGGAGCGGAGAAAGAGAAGCUUGCAUCAACAUCAUUAGACAGCAGCCAGUUUGCACAGGCAGCACAAGUAACCAGUUCCAGCACAGAGAGUUCAGAGUCUGCAACCUCCAGUAGGAAAUUUAAGGCGAAAAAGAAAGUGGAGAAGGAAUCACUGGCAGCAGAUGAGGCCAUGCAGGCUACUGAGGCAGGGCAGGGCUCAGAUACUGAUGCCUCAAGAAAUGGUGACGUACAGACCACAUUGGCCUCAAAGACAUCAAGUGUACCUAAGGUUCAUCUGACAUCUGCCUUGAAACGUGACCUGACCAAGCACAUCAGCGCCAAGAGCAAAACAGCGAAUCAUGAGCCCAACCUGAAUAUUGCCAGGCGUGUCCGUAACCUGGACGAGUCACGGAAAAGUGAGACAGAGAAGGAUUCAGGGCUUAAACCAACUGUGCGGCAGCUCAUCAGCUCAUCGGCAUCUCGGCACAACGUGAACUGGGAUCAGGUGUACCAAGAGAUCAAAAAGAAGCAAGAACAAGGAAAAGGCAUGCCAAGGUUUGGGAUAGAGAUGGUACCAUUUGACAAGGAGGAACAGAGCCAGGAGGAGGAUGAUCUCCACUUGCUUGAGGGUUUCCACUGGGAGUCUCUGGACAUGUCCCCACCAGGCUCCUCCCACAAAUGUUCUUUAUCCGAGAGCAGCCUGACCCCAGCCUGUCCAGGAUCCACUCGCUCCAUGUUUCCAUCUAACAUGUCAAAGGAGACGGACCCCAAAGACGUCCCCAACCCACCUGAGAUACUCAGCUCAGAGCAAAGUAGAUCCUGCUUUUCUUCCAAACAUGUAGCUGCCCGCGGGAGCAAAGACAGUCAGUGCCAACAGGAUGAGGAGCAACUGUGUGGUCAACAUGAGAUCAAAGCAGAGAGGCAGCCAGACAAAUUAACUUUAGGGAUGGUGGGGGUCCUCCAGCGAUCUGAUUCUGUGGUUGAGGACAGCAGCUCGGGGACGGAGCUGUACGACGGGCAGGGAACUGGGAAGAAACGGAGAGCAGCAGGCGAUGUUUUGAGCACAGAGACUCCAUGCUUGGAGCACAACAGCAAAAGAAGAAAGAUCAAAUCCAAAAAAGAGCGUUGGCAGAUUGACGAGCUACUUUCUGUGUCUCUGCGGGAGGAGGAAUUGAGCCGUUCUCUACAGACUGUGGAUACCAACCUGCUCCAGGCAAGAGCUGCGUUGGAGGCCGCCUACAUGGAGGUGCAGCGCCUGAUUGUACUGAAACAACAGAUGACUGGAGAGAUGAGUACACUGAGAAAAAAACGUAUUGACUUACUUAAAGGGAUGCAAGGUAAUUUGGAGGAAACGCCUCAAUUCAACGUGAAAGACAAAGAGGAUUCAGUCAAAUCUCUGCCAAAUAUGGGCUACUAUAUUCCUUCCUCUGUUGUGGAUGCUGUAGCUGCCUCCAUUGUAAGCCCGACUCCCCAGAGUGCACCUCCUCCCUCCUCCAGCCUCCCUGUGAUGCCUUUAGCUAUCAAGCAGGAGCCUCUGUCUCCUGACUACAACAGCACCGAGCUGCAACCUGUGGAGAAUGAAAACCGCUGCAGUCUCAGCACAACUCCAAAACCAGCUCAAUCAGGUAAUUUGGAGGAUGCGCCGCAGUUCAAACUGAAAGACAACAAAGAGGAUUCAGUAGAAUCUGCGUCACACAUGGGCGACCGGUUUUCUUCCUCUGUUAUGGACACUGUAGCUCCCUGUGUUCUAAACCAGACUCCCCAGCAUGCACCUUCUCCUUCCUCCAGCCUCCCUGUGAUGCCUUUAUCUGUCAAGCAGGAGCCUCUGUCUCCUGUCCAUAACGGCACUGAGUUCCAGCCUGUGGAGAAUGAAAACCACUGCAGUCUCAGCACAACUCCAAACCCAGCUCAAUCAGUUUGUUUGGAGGAAUUCAAAGUGAAAGACAACAAUGAGGAUUCAAUAGGAUCUGCACCAAACAUGGACUACCAUUUUUCUUCCUCUGUUAUGAACACUGGAGGUGCCUCCAUUCUAAGCCAGACUCCCCAGUGUGUGUCUUCUCCCUCGUCCACCUGCCCUGUGAUGCCUUUAGCUAUCAAAGAGCAGCCUCUGUCUCCUGACUAUAACAGCGCAGACCUGCAGGCUGUGGAGAAUGAAAACCCCUGCAAUCACAGCAUCACCCCAGAACUGCUUGUCACCCGUACGGCAGCCUCUCAAACAGAUCCUGCACUCAGCUCCCAAUCACCUCCAGAAAGAAAGCCUGAGCUGUACCAAGCUAACCGAGAACAGGAACGGGAACGUUUUGAAGAACCUGCACAGUGUAAAGAAAGCUUGUCAACACUGGAUCAGAUGAUGGAUAAGGCCAUACAAACCAGCAGGGAUACUUUCACUCCUUUGUCUGACUCCAAAAUGAGUAUAACUCUCUCCACCGCCAGCAGGAUGAGCUCUGAGGGUGGGAACCUUGUUGACUACGCAGCUACUCAGUCUUGUGAACCCUCCUCAGUGCCUUCUGUUUUUAAUGAGCCAGCCUCCCCGCAUAAUAUGAGGAGUGGAAAGCGUGUGAGGAAGCUGAAGAAGAGAAGGGUGUUGGAGAAGGUCCAAGGACCAAAGCAGCCCGAGAGUAGUGACACUGAGAUUGACGGUGAAGCUUUGAGACCAAGGUGGACUCGAGCACGCAGGAGACCCAGUGGUGGCUCUCAGGUCAGUACUUCUACUCCCCACAUGGCUGUGGAAAAUCAAGAGGUUCACGUGGCCAUCGAGGGUAACAAGGAAGCUUCAGAGCUCCUGCAUCCAGCCAUCACAUUUAAGAAAGAAGUCUUGGAGUCCCACAAAGACAUGACAGAGCUUCCUGAGUCAGCACCCACUGAGCUGCAGAAUUUGAAAUCAGAAGAAAGCAUAGAGGUCACUGCAUCGUGUCAGCAGCUCCCUGGAGAUGAAACAGUCCCGGUUCCUUUUAUCACUCCACCCCAGUUCACAGCCUCGACCACAUGUGUGCCACAGACCCUGGCUUGCAAUGAGAUCCUUUCCAACAGUGACAUGGAUAUAUCCCCAGACGUCCAAUCUUGUGAGAGUGAUAUGCAGAUUUGCAAUACACCACCAGAGAGAACUAGAGCAUCAUCGGAUGGGACUGCUAACGCUGAUGAGGAUGAGACGCCCACUGAGGGGGUGUUUGAGGGCCACAAAGAGGCGGUGAACUCUAUGCAGAUCAACAACAGGCUGCUGUACACAAGCUCAGGAGAUCGGACUGUCAAAGUCUUUGACCUGGUGAGUCAUAAAUGUGUAAAGGUGUUUGAGGGUCACAGCUCCAAAGUGAACUGUCUGUUGGUUUCUGCGGCUCCCGGCCUCCGUCAUCGUCUUUAUUCUGGUUCCAGUGAUCAAACCAUCCGCUGCUACAGUCUCAUGACACAGGAAUUCGAGCGGCAGUUCUCUUUGUCAGACCGAGUGCUCUGUCUCCACAACCGCUGGAAGUUUAUGUAUGCUGGCUUGGGAAACGGCACAGUGGUGACCUUUGACCUUAAGAAAAACAAGCAGGUGGAUGUAUUCGAGUGUCACGGACCGCGAGCGGUGAGCUGUCUGGCCUCGUGGCAGGACGGUUCCAGGAGGAUCCUGCUGGUGGGUUCUUUCGACAACACAAUCAGUGUGAGAGAUGCCAAAAACGGCCUGCUGCUACGCACACUAAAGGGACACAAGAAGACUGUCCUCUGCUUGACGGUGGUUAAAGAUCUGGUAUUUAGUGGCUCCAGUGAUCAUUCGGUCCAUGUACACAACAUCAAUACAGGGAAGUUGGUGCAUUUCUAUAAGGGCCACAGUCAUGCUGUUACUGCAGUCACUGUCUUGGGGAAGGUGAUGGUGACUGCCUGCCUCGACAAACUGGUCCGCAUCUACGACUUGCAGACUUGCGAGCAGCUACAGGUCUACGGUGGACACAAAGACAUGGUGAUGUGUAUGGCCAUCCACAACAACAUGAUCUAUACAGGCUGUUAUGAUGGCAGCAUCCAGUCCGUCAAACUGGACCUGAUGCAGAACUUCCGUUGCUGGUGGCGUGGAUGCUCGCUGGUAUUUGGGACGAUGAAACAUCUGCAGCAGCACCUGAGGAGCGACCACGCCACCCUCACUUCCAAACUGGAAAAAGCUCAAGCGGCUCUAAGCAGGGAUGUCGGACAGGGAACGUGAUGUUUCCCGCCGAGCCUUCAAGCCCCGUUAUUGUUACCUUUCUGUUAACCUCCCAUAUUGGGGGCGGUAUUGUUUGGGCCCACUCCGCAGCGUUCCUGCACCAUGGUGCCUGUCAAAUCCUCAUCGUUCAGGGUUGGAAUCCAACCAUGUGACCCUAGUGGAAGAAGGGUGGUUGUGCUUUUGUUUUCUACCUUCUAACACACUCUCUUUUUCUGUCUACUAUUUGUCUUUUUACUGACCAAAUUAAGACAAAGAAACACAACUUUUUUUUUUAUAAUUUAAUUGAAGAAACUUCAGUGGUGCCAAUGUCAGAGGGAUCGUGUUUCUGCCUGAUGUUUUCCAGGUGGGUCAGUUACAGUAUGGCAUGGGUUAAGAAAUGUUUUUAUUGUUGUAAUGAGUGCAGUUGUGAUGUGUCACAUUGAGCAACCUAUACUUUUGUUUCUUUCUUUCUUUUUUUUAUGUUGACAUUCACUUGAUCUGACAUUUUAUUUGAGUAGUUUCAGACUUUUGGAUCAAGGCUAAAGUCCAACAGCCUCAUUUAUCAACCGGCUGUACACACAUAUUUGUGCUUAAACUCCACAUACAAACAUUUCUACACAAAAUACAGAAUUUAUCAUCUUAGAUUUAGAAUUGUUUGUAAAUACAUCAACACCUCUGACCAUGCAAAUGCAUAGCAUGUAGUGGUAGAACAGAGAAACUGCAACUGGAAAGCAUUGCUCCUUUCUCAGAUGUAAUAAGUAUGCAGUUAGUAAUUAUGUCGAGUUACAAACAGACAUGUAGCCUCAUUGCUGUUAAAACCAACAAAAGACACUAAUAUGAACUAAACAGCGGCUUUUGACUUCAUCAUUUAAAUAAUAAUAAAAAAAAAACCUUUACCAAAAGAACACCUCAAUGUUCACCUGUUUGUAAUAUUAAUGAUGGUCACACAUUAUUUUUGCUUGUCAAAUUUCAUUGGUAAAGAUUAUGUCCUGAUAAAGGUGGCAGCACGGUGACAUCACAGGAAUGGAAAGGCGUGGAGGGCCACUAAUGAUAAUUGUCCACUUAUACAACCCCUGGCAAAAAUUAUGGAAUCACCGGCCUCGGAGGAUGUUUAUUCAGUUGUUUAAUUUUGU